AUGUUCAUCCACUUUUGCGUUAAGUCAGAACCAAACCGACCCCCCGUGGCCAACGCCUGGGCAGGUGGCUGCCAAGGGACCGCAGAACCAUCAAACAAUGGGGUUGCCCAGAAAGCCGAAGCAGCGCGCAAGGUCCCGGACAGGAAAUCGCUGGAGGGCGGCGCACCAGUUAAUCCAAGUCUCGCUAGGUUCCAGAAGAUUGUGGUCGAAAGCCCGUAUUUGCUCAAGCUCGCGAACGACAUGUUCACAGAGGCCUCGAGCAAGUAUCCCGAAGACCCUGUUGGGAACUGCGCCAUCAAAUCGUUCCGCGAAUUCAUCUAUGUGGUAGACCUUGUCAUUCAGUCCGGCCCGGAGUUCUUCAACAAGGCAGAGCCUGAGACAGCCAUGGACUACAUCGGGUUCCCCAUCAAUGCCCUCCUCGAUUGGCCGAUGGGCACUGUCUCAGGAUAUGAGUUUUUCCUUCAGCGGACGGUCAACGACGCGCUCAGGGAAGUGCUCUGCUCCUGGGGCAAGUUCCUCGGCACCCCGGGCUCAAAGGCGUGCCUUGACGGCUGGCUGUCAGAUACGGCGCAGGAGCUGAUCGCGGCCGAGGCAAACAUCGGCGGCACUUCGUACACUUUCAAGGAUCUCUUCAUCUGCCCGGACGCCUCCGGCACGCACCUCGGCUUUGACUCGUGGGACGCGUUCUUCGUGCGAGAGUUCCGCAGCGGCAUCCGCCCCGUCGCGGCUCCAGACGACGGCGGCCCAAACCCGCUGUCCCAUGACCCGACCCUCGUCAUCACCAACGCGUGCGAGUCGGCGCCCUUGCAGGUCCGGACAGAGGUCAAGCUUCUCGACACUUUCUACCUCAAGGGCCAGCCAUACUCCCUGGGCAACAUGCUCAACUGCGGCGCGCGCACGGACGACUUUGUGGGCGGCACUGUCUACCAGGCCUUUCUCAGCGCACUCAGCUACCACCGCUGGCACGCCCCCGUCGGCGGCAGGGUUGUAGGAAUCGAGUCCGUCCCGGGGACGUACUACAGUGAGAAUUGGUAUGAGGGGCUCGCCGGGGCGCAGGAUCCGGAUAAGGCCGAUCCCCUGGCUGCGUGUAAUUCGCAGCCAUAUCUCAGUGCCGUUGCGACGAGGACUAUCAUCUACAUCGAGGCCAGGAACCCCAGAAUCGGGCUGAUGGCGGCCGUGUUCAUCGGCAUGGCCGAGGCUUCUAGCUGCGAGGUCACUGUGGAGGAGGGGGAGGACAUCACAAAGGGCCAGGAGCUGGGCAUGUUCCAUUUCGGAGGUAGCUCGCACUGCUUGGUGUUCCGGCCUGGGGUUGGUAUGCACUUCGUGCACCCGGGGCCUUGGGAUAUGGACCAUGAGCAGAACUUCGCUGUGAGGAGUGCGUUGGCUGUGGCUGUCUAG